GAUCUGCUCCUGGUCAAUGCCAAAGUAUAUAGGCAUAAAAAUAACUCCAUGCACUAUUGAUAUAAGUACUUUAAAGUUAUAUAGAGGACCGCAUACAUUGGCUGUGAGAGGUGUAGGACAGCAGGUUCGAAACAACUUUGUGUAAUCAUUGUCAGAGAUAACCAAGCAAAAAUAUAAGAAAUGGCACAAAAAAUUUCGCUGAUCACGGGAUGUUCAUCGGGCAUUGGUCUCAAUCUGGCAGUCAAACUAGGAAAGGACGCAGCAAAAAGGUUUUUGGUUUAUUCGACCAUGAGAAACCUUGGGAAGAAAGGGCCUCUCCAGGAAGCGGCGGAUAGCGCCCUCAACGAUACGAUUUUGAUUCGUCCUCUUGACGUCAAAAGCGAUGAGUCGGUGAAAAAUGCUGUCAGUGAAAUCAUCGACGAACAUGGUCGAAUCGACAUUGUUGUUAACAACGCUGGUAUAGCUUCAUUCGACCCAAUUGAGUAUUCCUCAAUGCAUGACAUUCGAGAUGUGUUGGAGACGAACUUCUUUGGACCGGUUAGGGUUAUACGAGCAGUUCUACCUUACAUGAAAGAACAACGUUCGGGACACGUCAUCAACGUUAGUUCCGUUGCAGGGGUCGCUGGUUAUCCAUUUUAUGAGACGUAUUGUGCUUCUAAACAUGCCAUGGAGGGGCUCACUGAAUCAUUGGCCAUUAGGAUGAAAUCAUUUGAUGUAAAACUUUCAAGCAUAUUACCUGGUCCAGUCGAUACAAGCAUCAAUGACAAUAUAGUGGAAUGGAACAGACUGCCUGCGAAAGGAGAGGUUGACCAGGUUACACAAAAACAACUGGAUGUUUUAAGAACGCAUGCGAGGGAUCAUUUCGACAAUAUGGCCCAGACCACAGACGAAAUAUGUGACAUCAUCUGUAACGUCAUCGAAACGGACGCUCCCAACAAACCAAUCAGGUUUAAAACCGGCGAAUAUGUUGAUACCAGGGUUGCAAAGAAACUUGUUGAUUUUGGCGGGAACACGUGGGUUGAAUUCGCUCGGAAGCUGGUCGAGGAACCGACGGACAUCACAAAAUCCGAUAAGUGAGAAGGCGCAGGUCUAAAGACUAACUCGUACAGAUCUGCGCAUGUCCAGUAAGCGGUGAAUAAGCAGAGUGAUUCUAAGAACGCCCGUUUGCAUACGUUAAUAAACUAGCACAUCAAUGUUAUGGAGCUCAUUCGGCAUCUCGCAACGAAAUUUAACACAAUUUUAAUUUCAGCCCAGUUGACACAGUAGUAAAUUAUAUUGGUGACAUAAAUUGAGGAUAUAGAAUUGAGAUUGAUGAAUAAAUUACAUAGAUACAUUUUUUGUGAUCUAUUAAUAAAUUUCAUAUAAAUUGGUGAACCUCAUGUAGCUCUCAGAUGGAACAAUUAGAAUAAUCAAAAUCAAUCAACAAAUAAAUAAGUAAUUUUUGUGAGUUUUGAAAAUAUAUGAAUAAAUUAGCAUAUUUAAUAAGUUUCAUAAGUCUGUGUUGAAAUUUGGCAUCACCACCUCGAGCUAUCAUAUAAAGCAAACGGAAUUGAAAUUGAUCAAAAAAUGAAGAAGAAAAAACAUUUUUUGUGAUUUAUGAAUAAAUUUUGCAUAAAUUAGCAUAACAAAUUUUCCAGACAAAAUUUCAAAAUUUUGUGUACAAGUUUGGUGAACCUCAUGCAGCUCUACCAGAUGGAUAAAAAAAUCAAAAAUCUGUCAACAAAUAAAGAAAAAGAGGCAUUUUCUGUGAUUUAUGAAUAAAUUUCGCAUAAAUUAGCAUAGAUGAUUUUCUACUGAAAAUUUCAAAAUUCUGUGUAGAAGUUUGAUAAACUUCAUGAAGUUCUACCGGAUGGAAGAAAAAAAAUCAAAAUCGGCCAACAAAUAAAGAAGAAGAGGCAUUUUCUGUGAUUUCUGAAUAAAUUUUGCAUAAAUUAGCAUAGAUAAUUUUCUACUCAAAAUUCUGUGUAAAAGUAUGAUGAACCUGAUGAAGUUCUACCAGAUGGAAAAAAAAAUCAAAAUCGGUCACCAACUAAAGAAGAAAAGGCAUUUUAUGUGAAUUUAAAAAAAAAUGAAUAAAUUAAUUUCGCAUAAACU